CACGUCCAUGUUUACGCACCGCAGAGCCGGAAACUCAUUUGAAGAAGAAGAAGACCAGUAGGUGCUAAAAUCGUGUCAGUGAAGGGCCAAGACAGCAAGUCAAACACAGAUUAAAAAGAGAUACUAUCACAAUGCUUCCCCUAUCUCUGCUGAAGACUGCCCAGAACCAUCCUAUGCUGGUGGAGCUGAAGAACGGCGAGACAUACAACGGUCACCUGGUCAGCUGUGACAACUGGAUGAACAUCAACCUGAGAGAAGUCAUCUGCACCUCGAGGGAUGGAGAUAAGUUCUGGAGGAUGCCUGAGUGCUACAUCCGAGGAAGCACCAUCAAGUAUCUGCGAAUCCCAGACGAGAUUAUUGACAUGGUGAAGGAGGAGGUGGUGUCGAAGGGCCGCGGACGUGGAGGCGCCCAGCAGAACAAACAGCAGGGCAAAGGAAGAGGAGGCGCCGGCCGAGGUCUGUUUGGCGGUCGUGGCAGAGGAAUGACUGGCCCUGGUCGGGGCCAGCAGCAGCAGCAGCAGCCGCAGCUACAGCAGCAGGAUAAGAGGCCGGGCAAACCACAGGGAAUGAAGAACCAGCACUGACAGACAACAUUACACCUUCAACAACACAUCCUGUUAUUCAGAGCGAUUACUCCUUCAGUACAUGAAGAUAAAAUUAACUCCCUGGUGUUUCCUUCUGCUGUGAUGUUUGUCAAGACUGACCAUUGCAGAAAUCACGCUGGGAGAAGCUGUGCAUUUGCACUGAAUUUUGUUUUUUAGCAUCUGUAAGUUGCUUUUUUUUUUUUCUUAUGACCAUAAUAACAGUGUAUCAGUCAGAGCGGACAGACCCCUUUAGUAUCAGUUUAUAAUAUGUAUCAUUACAACUUUGCAAGAACGUUUUGUAUCAAAUCACGUUGUAUUAUCCAAAAACAGUUUUCCGUCAGUUGGUUCACUGGAAUGAGGUUUUUACUUGUAGGGGUAUUUUUUUUUUUUUUUUUUUUUUUUUUUUUGGGUGGUUGUUUGCUUGUCAACUUGUCUCCUCAGGUGUAGUUUUUAAGGUAAAGAAACUGCCCUGCCCCAACUUCAAUUGCAUGAUUUUUUUUUUUUUUUUUUUAAACUUGCUCUUUAUUUUUGUGCCGUUUGUGACGUUCUCUGGUUUGCAACCUUUUUUUUUUGUCUGCUGUGCUGUAAGGGUCCGAUCACAGCAGGUGGGCCAGUAGACUGGCAGUCGGGGAACGAGGAUUCAGACCCUGAUGAUAAUUAACACUUUUGUUGAAGCAUUUGUAAGAUGAUGCAUUAUGAUCAUUAGGAUUUCAAGAAAAAAAAGAUUCUCAUUAAGUCUGAAAUGGAUAAGUCCAACGUGUGUCAUGUUAGCUGGGUUUCAUUUUAUUUUUAUAACAAAAGAUGAUGUUGUAAUUUAUUCACAUGUGAAUAAAACAACUUUUGUUAAA